AUGAUAAUGUGGAAAACAGCUGGCUUUUCAAACUCCGCGAGCAGCUCCUCGAGAUCACAGGCCUUGGUUUCCCAUCGACAUAUGCCUUGCGUAUUCAAAGGCUGGUGCGCUGCCGUCGCAAGUCGCAAGCCGGCACAUCACCGCCUUUUCGGAAAUAUUAUUAGAAGGACUAUGGCUCGAGAUCGGUUGACCGAGCAGGCGCACGAGGACUUGGACGCUGUUCGCGUCCGUCUUAACCACCAACUGAAGCUCAUCAUCACGCCAUCUGUAACCGGUGACCGUGCGCCAAAUUUGCACAAAGCCAAUGACUGCCAAUGCGACCGGGAGUAUCAUCCAUCCAAGGGCUGGCGCCGUCAGCCACAUCACCUAGCAAAAGAGGAUCUAUGGACUCGUAUUCAGGAGGAGGCUCAACAGGAUGCGUUCGCCGAACCCGCCCUCGCUAGCAACCUGUACAGCACCAUCCUCUCCCAUCACAAUAUUGAAGCAACGAUGGCUUUCCUGCUCGCCAACAAGCUGUCCAGCCCCACGAUGCUGGGCAUGCAGCUGAUGCGGCUCAUUCAGGAAGUGUACGAGGACGACCCUGAGGUCAUGGAGGCGUGCCUUGCGGAUCUUCAGGCGGUGUACGACCGCGACCCCGCAUGCGACCGUUACACGCAGGCCAUCCUGUACUUCAAGGGCUUCCAGGCGGUGCAGAGCUACCGGAUAGCGCACUGGCUGUGGCAGAAGGGUCGCAAGGCCCUGGCUCUAGCGAUUCAGAGCCGGAUGUCCGAAGCUUUCCACGUAGACAUCCAUCCAGCAGCGGAGAUCGGGCGCGGGAUUAUGAUUGACCACGCGACUGGUGUCGUGAUUGGCGAGACGGCCGUAGUGGGGGAUAACGUGUCCAUGCUGCACCACGUGACCUUGGGCGGCAGCGGCACCGGGCGAGGCGUACGGCACCCCACGAUUGGUCACGGCGUGCUGCUGGGGGCGGGUGUGUCGGUGCUGGGCCCUGUCAUGGUGGGCGCCGGCAGCAAGGUCGGUGCCGGCAGUGUCGUGGUGUCGGACAUCCCGUGCCAUUCCGUGGCGGUUGGGGUGCCAGCACGCAUCAUCAAGCGCGAUUUGCUCAGGGAGGCCGUCAAAGAUAUGGACCAGUGUGUGGAGUUUGUGCUCGACUACGAGAUCUGA